AUGAAUGGUUAUUCAAAGAUUGGUAGCACUACUACUACUACGACGAACCACAAAUCAAGAUCUGUAGAUUUUUCAGAUAUUUUCUCAUUUUCUCAAACACCUAAACCAAUCGGAAACAGUACUGCUACUGUUGUUCCUUCAGUGAAUGAAGGAGAGAAAUUUGGAGUGAUAUUAGGUAGGAGCUGUUCGGUUUCUUCUUCGUCUUCUUCUGCAUCUGGGUUUCAGGCAACACUGAAGAGAGCAUUCUCGGGAAGAAGAUGUUCGUCAGUCUCAGAGAGGUACUGUAGGAUCCAUGAUCAGAACAUGGUAAUAGCAUCAGAUGAGUUUAUCAAAGAGGAUGCUCAUGAUUUACCCAACAAGAAAAAGCAGAGAGGAGGCAAGAUUCUUAAAGUCUGUAAGCGAUUGUUUGGAUUCUAG